GAACUGAAGGCAUCAGCCAUCAAGUUCGUCGCCCAGUCAUGUCAGCACCUGCCAUGGGAACCUCAAAAAUGGCUCAUAGUGAUUCAAGCCAUAGGAAAAAGAAAGGACCUGGUGCACUUGCGACUGCGUAUCUGGUCAUUUAUAAUGUGGUUAUGACAGCCGGGUGGCUUGUCAUUGCAGUGGGUUUGGUCCGAGCAUACCUGGCCAGAGGCUCCUACCACGGUCUGUAUUACUCCAUUGAGAAGCCCCUCAAGUUCUUUCAGACUGGUGCUCUACUGGAGAUUUUACAUUGUGCUGUCGGCAUUGUGCCUUCCUCUGUGGUUCUGACUGGGUUUCAAGUGAUGUCGAGAGUGUUCCUCACUUGGGCUGUUACUCAUAGUGUCAGAGAGGUCCAGAGUGAAGAUAGCGUCUUGCUCUUUGUGGUGGCUUGGACUAUAACAGAGAUCAUCCGUUAUUCCUUCUACACUUUCAGUCUGCUGAACCACCUGCCCUACCUCAUUAAAUGGGCAAGGUACACAUUUUUCAUUGUGCUGUACCCAAUGGGUGUGACCGGGGAGCUGCUGACCAUCUACUCUGCACUGCCUUACGUUCAGAAGACAGGCCUCUACUCAAUCACUCUGCCCAACAAAUACAACUUCUCCUUUGACUACCACACAUUCCUCAUCAUCACCAUGAUCUCCUAUAUCCCCUUGUUCCCUCAGCUCUACUUCCACAUGAUUCGGCAGAGGAAGAAAGUUCUAGGCCACGUGGAGGAAUACAGCAAAGUAGAAUAAACAGCCUGGAGAACCGCACAGAAAGCAGACUGAUCAUGUGGUGAAGAAGACAGGGGGGGGG